AUCAGCCAGAAUGCUUCAACUGAAAGGUGUGAGGAGUGGCCAGGGUGUCACCAACUCCACAAAUGACUUUUGUUGCAUAGUAACUACAUGGAAAGAUACCACAGAGCAAAACCGCCGGGAUCACCAUGAUGACCAAGGUCCGGGGUUUCAACUGCGCCAGGACUUGAUUCACAACUCUGGGUACGGAUUUACUGACAUACAUGGCUUAGCACAAAGGCUCUUGGGAGAAAGCCUGCAUUUCCACCUGGAUUAAUGUGUCGACCGUGAAGAUACCUGCGCUUGGAAAUGGAUCUGUAAACGCUACAGUGUAGGAUACUCAGAAAGUACUGUGAAGUAGCCAAUACUUUACCAGACCCGCAUCAGUAACCUACAGACUGUCCAACUUUAAGAAUCCAGGAGCUAUGCAGGGAACCUGUGUCUGGAUUGUCAGAGUUUCUGUCCUCCUGCUUUCGCUUUGGUCAGACCCCCUGGACUGCCAACACACAACAGACCACAGGAAGGUUACUCAGAGGGCAGAAUCCCAACAGAAGUUCAGGGCAGAGCAUGGAGAUAUCCAGGGCUCCUGGGGUGCCUGGGGGCCCUGGUCAACCUGUUCCCGGACCUGUGGAAGAGGGGUACAAGAGCAGAGCAGACCCUGUCUGCCUGCUUAUACUCCAUCCCAAUACCCCUCCAGAAGAGCUGGCAUUCACCCCCAGCAAGCCGGCCAUGUGAUUUCAGCCCUACGCCCAACAGUUCCUCUGCACCGCGACACAGGCAGGUCCUCCAACAGCAGCAAUCGUGGAGAACCAAGGCAGGAGAAGGAGACUCGGCCUGGUGGACGCAGGAGGGUCACUCACAUCACCCCAGGGAGGUAUGGCUACGGGAGAGCUCCUUAUGUUGCUCCAUUGCAGACGGACACAAGCCAGGGCUCUGGGACGGCUCACCCCCGCAGGCAGAGACACUCUGCUGAUACCCACUACCCUACCACUAGAGGCCAUGGUGGGCAGAAAUCAAACAACCUAGACGCCUCCAACAACGUCAACCGCUACAGCAGACCCUACACGCAGCCCAGGGCACAGCAGCCCAAAAAUAAACAAGUCUGGGCCCCCCUCUACCAGCCCGGUUCGAUCAACCAGGCUCAGAUCCAGCAGGAGCUACAAUCAGGCAGCCAGAUGUCUGGACCCCAGCAGCACCAAGAGAGACCCUAUAACCCACUGCCUACUUCCUUCUGCACAGGGGAGCAUGCUCACUACAGGAUCUGCAACAGUAAUGUCUGUCCUCCAUCCAGCAGACACAUCAGGGCCGUCCAGUGUUCUUCAUACAACAACCAACCUUUCAUGGGCAGACUGUACGAGUGGGAACCUUUCAAUGAGGUUCCUGGGGAUCAGCAUUGUGAACUCAACUGCCGGGCCAUAGGGUUCAGGUUCUACGUGCGGCAGUCAGACAGAGUGAUCAAUGGGACGCCUUGUGGGCAGAAUGAUACUUCUCUCUGUGUGGCUGGAAAGUGUGUGAGUUUAGGCUGCGAUGAGUAUCUUGGAUCAGGAAAGGUGAUGGACAGGUGCGGCGUGUGUGGAGGAGACAACACAACCUGCAGGCUGGUCUCUGGAGUGUUUAAACACAGUUUAUCCAAGAUCGGCUACCACAAGAUAGUGGAGAUCCCAGAGGGAGCCACCAAGAUCAACGUCACAGAAAUGGUGAAGAGCAGAAACUACCUAGCUCUCAGAAGCCGAUCAGGGCGAUCCAUCAUUAAUGGAAACUGGGCUAUUGACCGACCAGGGAAGUAUGAGGCAGGGGGAACCAUGUUCACCUACCGCCGACCCAACGAAAUCCGUAGCACAGCUGGGGAGUCCUUUGUUGCUGAAGGGCCCACCAAUGAGAUCCUGGACGUUUAUAUGAUCUUCCAGCAGCCAAACCCCGGUGUUCACUAUGAGUACAUUCUGCCCUCUGAGAAACCAGUUGACCCUCAGCAACCAAACCACAGACCAGAAGGGAAUGCUGUGAAUGGACAGGGUGGAUACGAUCAUCACAGCAACACUCACCAGGAAAACCUUGAUCCAGCAGGUGGGGAGAGGGACCCUUCUCGUCUCCCCGAAAACCAGGUCCCUGUCGUACAACCACCCAGGCGCUUGAGAGAGUACAAUUGGAUACUGGCUGGUGCUACAGAGUGCAGCGCCUCAUGUGGUAAAGGAUUCAGAUACUCCAUCUUUCAAUGUGUUUCCCGGCUGAACCAUGUCCAGGUAUCAGAUGCGUUGUGUGACAGCAGCAGCAGACCAACUCCACAGGAAGAGGCCUGCAAUCUGCAGCCCUGCCCAGCCUUCUGGGAUAUUGGAGAGUGGUCAGAAUGCAGUAAGACCUGUGGCCUGGGCAUGCAGCACCGGCAGGUCCUUUGUCGCCAGAUUUACGCCAACCGCACCCUCAAUGUCCACACAAGCCGCUGCCGACACUUGGAGCGGCCCGAAAUCACCAGUACCUGCCAGUUGAAGAUCUGCAGUGAGUGGCAGAUCCGCUCUGAGUGGACCACUUGCUCAGUGCCGUGUGGGCUGGGUCAGAGGUCACGAGAGGUACGCUGUGUCAGCAAUGUGGGCGACUUUGUUCCUGAUGAGGAGUGCAACAUGAAUCUGCGGCCCAUCGAUGUAGAGAACUGUGACAUGGGAGCCUGUGCCAAGAGCUGGUUCUACACUGAGUGGGGCAAUAGGUGCUCAGCUGAAUGUGGGAUGGGUGUACGAACCCGGGGAAUCCUCUGCCUGACCAACCACAUCGGUAGCCUUCCUCUGGAGGGCUGUGGCAACGAGCGGCCCGCAGACUCUCAGGUCUGCAACAACGGCCCCUGUGAGAAUCGCAUUGAGUGGUUCACAGGCCCUUGGAGCCAGUGCUCUGCAGAGUGUGGCGCAGGCAGUCAGCAGAGGUCAGUGGUGUGUCUGAUGAAGUCAGAUGAAGGAUUUACCAUCAUGCCACCAUAUGAGUGCUCCUCCCUGGAGCGGCCCCUCAGCCAGCAGAGCUGCAACCUCAAGGCCUGUGGAGCAAAGUGGUACCACACUGACUGGAGUGCUUGUUCAAAAACAUGUGAGGGAGGUUUCCGUCUGCGGGAGGUGCGCUGCCUGUCUGACGACAUGCAGUCCAGUGAGGGAUGUGAUGAGCAGCUGAGACCAGCAGAGAAAGAAGACUGCAACCCAGAGCCCUGCAUACCUCACAUAGAUGAGAAUUGCAGAGACAAAUACUUUAACUGCAACGUGGUGGUCCAGGCUCGUCUCUGUGUGUACGAUUACUACAAGACAACGUGCUGUGCUUCGUGUUCACGAGUGGCCCACAGACAGUCGAUUCAUCGGGGCCGCAGCUAGCACUCUCCACCGGCGUCCCUCAGCUCCAUGUUGGGCCAGAGUCAAUACCUGCUGCAGGCACUCUGUUCCUGGACCAUUCAGGGGAGUGGACCGGCUGGACCUUGGCUUAAAUGGACACUUUCUUUAAUUGCCAAGGAUGGAAACUGAAGAAGGAACAUUCCUGUUCAUUUGGAGACAGCUGUUGGGAGAAAGGAAUACCUAAGAACAGUAGAGAACAGGAAUCCACUUACUGGAUAAACAGUGCACUGGUGGGGUGAGAGAGAUCACUAGCAAACCAAGAAACCUACAAAAAACUUUAUGGAUUUUAACCACAAUGUUUAAUAUAAAGAAUCCAUUUUUUGUUUCAAGGGGAGCAGUUUGCAGUCUGUCUUUUACCAAUAAUAGCUCUUGUGGAUUACAUGAUAUGAAGAGGAGAGCACCUCUAAACUAAGGUGGACUAUAUAUAUAGAAAGUUUGUGUUCUAAUGUGGUUCUUUUUACACUACAAUGCUCAGAUUUAUCACAUGAUGUCAUAUGAAGUUGAUGCUGUCUGACCUAUAAUCAACAAUUUAACACCCACUUGGUUGACCAAAGAUUCAUAACCUCAUCAAACUGAAGACAGUGACAAAUUAACACUUUUUUCCUAAGAAACAAAUAAUGUGCAUGAAACCCUCAUGCAGCUGAUGGUGUAUCCUUUACACAGCAUGGAUUCCGGAGAAAAAAGUCAGAAUUUGAGCAGUUUUUGUGAUAGCCUAAGCAGUGGCAAAUCACCUUUUUUCCUGCCUGUACAGCCAUGAAGUGUAAAUGCAGCCUAUGUAAUAUGUAGGUAUAUACAGUAUGUACUAUGAAUGACAGUGUGAAUGAUAAAGGUCUUUUUAAUGGUUCUCAGACAGUCCUCUCAGGAACUGAAGAAAAAAAGCCCUCUUAUUUAUUUGUGUGGCUCACCAGAAAGGGCCACUGGUUUAUCGGCCACCGGUGGCCCCUUUUUAGCUGUGGGGAUAAAACCUUUUUUCUGCCUCUCCACCAAUCACAGUCUCUGAACUGAAUCUAGGCAUUCCACAGCCCGCUGGAUGGUAGAAGCAGAUGGUCAAAAACCCUAAUGUAUUUUAGGAGAGGUGAAUCAAACUAUAACACAACCUAACUAUAUAUACACACUGUAUAUAUAUUUUAUGUUUUUCCUGUGGGAGAUGAUCAUUCCACAUUUAUACAAUUCCUGAUAAAUCAUCAUUAAUACAUUGAAAUAUCUAUAAAAUAUUUUUUGAUUGUAAAGACAAAUCAUGACAGUAUUUUCUACACUUUUGGUCUGGUAUGAUAUAUAUGAGCUUUACAUUAAUAGUGAAUUCUCAUUUAUAAACCAGCCGUUUCAGUUUCAUACAAGACCUGUACACUGUCCCUCUCAAACUGUUUUGUAUUAUCAGAUCCCUCCACGCACUAUAAAAGUACCUCUGAUCAAUAAGUACUGUAUAUGUAUCAAUGUUUAAGUUCAGGAUGACUCAAGUUUGCAAUUAUUUUAAUAGGUAUCUAAGGGGGAAAAUACCUGUCCUGAAUGUGCCAACAUGAUGGCAUGAUUCUGGAUUUUCCCCAAAACAAUCAAGAAGAGAGGAACUAAAAUACCAGAAUCCCUCAGUAUUCAACAUAUUGCUGCAACUAAUGAAACAUCUGUAUUUGACUUAUUUUAUAUUUCAAGUGUUCAACAGCUGAUUUUCAUGAGAUUUUAUGAAAUAAACAAGAUUACUAAUUAUUUGGA